GUUAUAGAUAGAAGUAUUAAUUGCGUAUCGGGUCGGAUUAACAGGCUAAAUAAACCGGACGGGGCCGGGUCACGGCACCUCUUCGUUGCAACAAAUCCGAACCCUAAAUCCGAAAUCAGCCAUGGUAGCGUAGCGGAAGCAGAAAGCGAAAAGCAAAGAAACAGAAAGAGGAAGGAGAAGAAGCACUGCGUGGAAGCCAUGGGCAAGAAGAACGAGAACCAGAAAACGGGGCUAGGUCGAGCCCUGGUGAAGCAGCACAAUCAGAUGAUUCAACAGAGCAAGGACAAGUCUCGCUUCUACAAAAAGAAGGUUCUCGAAUCCUUCACCGAAGUCUCCGACAUCGACGCCGUCAUCGAACAAUCCCUCGAAUCUCUCCCCGAACACGCCGUCGCAUCCACCACCAUCAUCAGCCUGGACCCUACCGAAAUGACGCCUGAAGAAACGAGAAAGCAGGAGGAGGCGCUCCACGCCAGCAGCCUCCGAGUUCCGCGCCGGCCGCCGUGGACGCCCGACAUGUCUCCCGAGGAGCUUCACGACAGCGAAACGCAAGCUUUUUUGGUUUGGCGUCGCAGUUUAGCGAGGCUUGAGGAGAAUAAGAAGCUUGUCCUUACACCUUUUGAGAAAAAUCUUGACAUCUGGAGACAGCUCUGGCGUGUUGUUGAGCGUAGUGAUCUGCUUGUUAUGGUUGUCGAUUCCCGAGAUCCUCUGUUUUAUCGGUGUCCAGACCUUGAGGCUUAUGCAGGGGAGGUUGAUGAACAUAAACGCACAUUGCUUCUGGUUAAUAAGGCAGAUCUUUUGCCUGCUUCUAUCAGAGAUAAAUGGGCAGAAUAUUUUCGAGCUCACGAUAUUCUCUUCAUCUUCUGGUCUGCUAAAGCUGCCACAGCAGCCCUGGAAGGAAAAAAUCUUGGUUCAUCAUGGGAUGAUGAUAACACGGGGAGAACUAAUAGCCCAGACACAAAGAUAUACGGAAGGGACGAGCUAUUGGCCCGCCUUCAAUCAGAAGCAGAACAGAUAGUGAACAGGAGGAAUUCCGGCACCUCCGGUGCAGGGCCAUCUAACAUUAAAUCACCUGCUGAAAAUACUGCUGGCAGUUCAUCAUCGAGUAAUGUAGUUGUGGGAUUUGUUGGAUAUCCUAAUGUGGGGAAAAGUUCAACUAUCAAUGCUCUCGUUGGUGAAAAACGGACUGGUGUCACCUCCACCCCUGGGAAAACAAAGCACUUUCAGACAUUAAUUAUCUCUGAUAAGCUGACCCUAUGUGAUUGUCCUGGAUUAGUUUUUCCAUCUUUCUCUAGCUCAAGAUAUGAGAUGAUUGCUUGUGGGGUGUUGCCAAUUGAUAGGAUGACUGAACACCGGGAAUCUGUCCAAGUUGUGGCUGAUAGAGUCCCAAGACAUGUCAUCGAACAGAUUUAUAAGAUAAGGCUUCCUAAACCUAAGCCAUAUGAGUCCCAAUCCCGUCCCCCUCUAGCAUCUGAACUUUUAAGAGCAUACUGUGCUUCCCGUGGGUAUGUUGCUUCUAGUGGACUCCCUGAUGAAACUAGGGCCACCCGUCAGAUACUGAAAGAUUACAUUGAUGGGAAGCUGCCUCACUAUGAAAUGCCUCCAGGUACAUCAGAAGAGGAACAAGCUUUGGAAGAUCCCACCACACAUGACUCAAUUGACUUGCAUGCAUCAGAUUCGUCUGAUAUUGAAGAUUCUUCAGAUGUCGAGAGUGGUCUUGCACCAAAUCUUGAGCAUGUAUUGGAUGACCUCACUUCAUUCGACCUAGCUAAUGGACUUGCUCCAAAAAGUACGACUCUUAAGAAGUCCAAGGCAUCCCAUAAACAUCAUAAAAAACCGCAGAGGAAAAAAGAUCGUGCCUGGAGAGCAGGAAACGAUGAUGCUGAUGGGACGCCGGUUGUAAGAUUCUUUCAGAAACCAGCUAACACAGGUUCUCUGAAGGAUUGAUGAGGCCAUGUGAUCUUGUUCUUGUACAACAGCUUAUGUGUUAAAACUUAUUUACAUUGUUAAUACGAGGUUAAAGAUAACGUUUGUUUGGGAUAUUCCGGUAAUAUGAUUUGAGCAAUUUUACGUAA